AUGAAACAAAAUGUUUUCUGGUCCAGUGAAUGUGACAUAAGAAUACAGCUGCCAAAUGUAUCAAGGGAACACUGUCGAGUGACUGUGGAAAAUGGUGCGGUAUAUCUAACUAAUCUGAGUGACUCAAAUCCCGUGUCACUUAAUGGAAAAGUUCUGGAUGGAAAGAAGAAACUCUCCAACAAAGAUGUCUUCACAAUCAUAGACAGAUCAUUUAGGCUCGAACUUCCUGAGAACAUGCGCAGUGCAUCUCCGAAGAAGACCCCUGUCAAAUCUCCACACAAGAUGAAGGCAGACUCGAAAAUCCUUACCCCUAAGGUAAAACCACCAAUUGGAACACCUCAGAAGCCUAAUACUCCUUCUGCCAAAAGCCCUAACAGGCGUACUUCAUUAGCUGCACCCAAGUCUCCAAGCUCAAAUACCGCUGCCACUCCAAAUGCAAAAGGAAGAUCUCCUUCACCAAAGAAAACACCAGCGUCGAAUUUAAAGUCAGCGGUACUUUCAGAAACGCCAGCAAAAUCUCCAGUAAAGAAGGUGGCAACCCCAAAAUCUCAGCCCAGGUCAAGAAGUUCUUCACCAAAGGCAAAGGUAACCCCUGCUAAAACUCCAAAAUCAGGUAGAAAAUCGAGGAGUGCUUCACCGAAAACCAAGACACCAAACAGGUCACCCAAAGCCAAGACCCCAGUGACAUCCACAACGCCAGCUAAAGCUACUGAGGAAUCCAAGACAACACCUAAAACAGGGAAAAAAUCAAGGAGUAUAUCACCAAGAGCUGAUACACCUGUAGUGGCAAAUCCAGCAGAACCUGCAGAGAUUCAGUCAACCCCUAAACCAGGCAGGAAAUCUAGAAGCACCUCUCCUAAGUCCAAAACACCAAAAAGUGCAACUCCGAAAACAAAGUCUCCUGGGGCCAAGUCACCUGCAAGAAGUGCAUCUCCUAAGGCUAAAACCCCUAAAGCCAAGUCGCCUGCAAGAAGUGCAUCUCCUAAAGGCUAAAACCUAAGGAAAGUUGCAACUCCUAAAGCAAGUUCACCAAAGGCUAAGUCACCUGCAAGAAGUGCAUCUCCUAAGGCCAAAACCCCCAAAGUUGCAACUCCUAAAGCCAAGUCACCUGCAAGAAGUGCAUCUCCUAAGGCCAAAACACCUAAAGUUGCAACUCCUAAAGCAAGGUCUCCAAAGGGCAGGUCACCUGGAAGGAGUGCUUCUCCCAAGGCAGAAAUCUCUGGAACUGUAUCUCCAAAGGUACAGACACCUGUAGCUUCAACUCCUGUCAAAGAGGCUAACGUAAUUGCAACCCCUAAGUCUGGUAGGAAAUCAAGAAGUGUAUCACCUAAAGGCAAGACUCCUAAGGCUUCACCAAAAGCCAAGACACCUGCAAAGUCUACCACUCCUGUUGUCGGGGAACCAAAACAAACUCCAAAAUCAGGUAGAAAAUCAAGGAGUGUAUCACCUAAAGCCAAGACCCCCAAGGCAUCUCCUAAGACUCCUGUAAUAUCUACUACUCCAGUGGUAACUUCUGAAGAAGCUUUGUCCACACCCAAGUCAGGUAGAAAGUCCGGAAGUGUUUCUCCAAAGUCAACAACACCUGCUGCCACUCCAAAAUCUGCACAGAAGGCCAGAUCACCUAAAUCCAGGAGCCCCUCCCCAAAGGCAAAGACACUGGCUAAAUCACCGGCUACUACUCCUAAAGCUACUAGUCCUGGGAGGAAAACGAGAACUCCCUCCCCAAAAGCUGCUGCAUCAGUAAACACCACUCUGGAGUCUCCAAGCACCAGCGGAUGGACACCAGUUGUGAACAAAAAGAAAAUGGAAAGAAGAGUAAUUUUUGGUGAAAGUUUCAUUUUAGCUACAUUGCCUAAAACACCUGUAAGUUCUGGAAAGAAAAGAAAGUCUACAGAAACUUUGGAGUCCAAGUCUAAACGAUCAAGAGUGUCCUUCGGACCCAAACUGAGUCCUGAGCAUUUCUUGAAGACUCUUCCUCCAUCAACACCUGUAAGAAAAGGGGCAACACCCAAACGGCAGACAGCCAGCACAGAGUCACUGAAACCACUGCUGAAAAGGAAAUCUAUUGCUACUGCCAAAAAGUCACCUAUUAAAGAGGAAAGUCCACAUAAAUCUCCCAGGGCUAGAGGCCGUUCUCCUGGAAGAUCCUUGGAUGAAUCCAUGGGACUGGAUAAUUUGUUUCAGUCACCAAGUGUGGUUGCAAGUACCCCAGCUGCUGGUAGCAAUAAAAGGAGGAGAUCAGCUGUCAGCUCUCAGUCAAAGAAGAAAAUGGAGGGUGACAGAAGAGCAAGUACAGGAAGUCUUGCAGGUGUUAAGAGACUACUAAAGACCCCUAAAAGACUGGCAGACACCAGCUAUACUGGCAUUUCUGACAUGAUGGAAACUCCAAAAUCUGCUUCAGGAAAGAAGACUACUCCAAAGGUCAAAUCUGCCAAGACUCCUGCAGAGACAAGUUACACUGGCAUUGCUGAAAUGAUAGCUACUCCUAAACAAAAGGUGGCCUCCGCAAAGAAGAAGACACCCAGGAUAAUUGUUGCUUCCCCAGCUGUACAGAAAAUUGAUGCUCCUAUGGCUGAUCUGAGGAAAGCAGUUGCCAUCCGAGCCAUUCAUGGCAAGGGAGCGACCCCAAAAUUGCCUAAGAUGGCACCUAAAAGCUGGGCAGAUGUAGUGAAGAAAGGUGUGCCCAAAAAAGUGGUUCCCCCACAAGCCAAGAGAGUUAUGCAUUUGAAGAGAAUAGCAAAGAAGAGUGCCAAGAAGAAUACAAGGAAGUCCAUUGCCAAGACACCCAGAACCAAGGCAAGGGCCACUGCACCAACAACUGGACAUGCAGAUUCACCAAUGACUAUUGUCAUAGGCAAGAAGAGAGUCAAAACUCCUACUGCUCUACCUAAGAAAGGAAGAAAAUCAGUUGGAAAGUCAAAGGCAAUAAAGAACAAGGCAGUAAGCCCAUCAGGAGUCCAAGAAUUGUUUGCCACGCCCAAAGGGAAAUCCCCAACAGGCACUCCACUGAGUACAGGAACCCCCCACUCUCUAUUCUCUGACCUGCCAGACACUCCCGUUGGACCUGGAGAAAUGGCCGUGUCACCUCUGUCAAACAGCGUUGCUGCAGCAAGUCCUCGUCUGGGUGGCAUGAAGAGGCUCUUUGCUCAGCCUAAAAAUGUACAGUCACCUAAAAGUCCACUGGGAAUCAAGGAUUUGAUGAAGACUCCUGGAUCUUCAAGACCUUCAUCAGCCAAGAAGAGUCCUAAAGUUUCAUCAACCAAGAAAGCAAAGAGUCCAAAAGCCUCAUCGGUGAAAAAAUUGAAGAGUCCAAAGUCCACAAAAUCGAAAUCCCCGGCAACUAGGAGAGGGACAAAGAGGGGAGCCAAGGUUUUAGCUACCCCACCACAGCCCACAAAGAAGAUUCGUGUGGAGGCCACCCCAGAGGAAAAAUCUGUUGGUACAGAAGUAAUAGCUGCUGUAGCCACCCCUGCCUCCCCAGCUCCUGCUAAAUCCCCUGUAGCUAGAAGAGGAGAAUGGAGAAAAACUGAUCCAAUUUUUAUACAUAUUACAGAGGCAGAACAGCAAAGAAGACUCCUGCCAAAAAAAGCAACCCCAGUCAAGCAGAGGAAAGAUGCCCUGAAAAGGAGAGGAAGACAGACCCAGGCGACUGUUCCUGUGUCUCCAGCAACAGUGCAGACAUCUCCCAAGCCUGUGGCUAUUGUGGCACCAAUGAGUGCUAAGAAAAAAGUUGAGGAAGAGGUGGUGAAACCAGUCAAGAAUGGAAAGGAUAAAGAGCCUGUGGUUAGCAUCACACCAAUGAAGAAGGCUGUGGAGAAGGAGCAGAAACGUGCAACAAAGGCUUCUGCGAAGAAAGCAGCAACACCUGUCAAGGAAUCUCCCAAACCUACACCUAAAAAGCGUGCUACAAGAGGAAAGGCAGCUAAAGUAGCCACUGAAGAGGAGAGUACGCCUGUUAAAGUUAGUCCAGUCAAAGGUAGAGCCACUAGGAGGAAAGCUGCAGCAAAACCCACACCAAAGAAGGCAGCUUCUCCUGCUAAACCAGUUGCACAGAAAAGAGGUAGAGAAGUAGCUAAAGAGGAUGAGGUUGAAGCCGUUGCAAAAUGUCAGAAAAUGGAGGAACCUGCUUCCCCUGUCAAGGAAAGUCCAGUGAAGGGACGAGCAACUAGAGGAAAGAAAACAGCAACUGCUAAAAAAGUUACACCUAAAAAGGCAGUCAAGGCAGCCUCGCCUGCCAAACCAGCAACACCAGCAGUUAGUACUAAAAAGAGGACAGUUCGGGGAAAGAAAGCUGCAGAAGCAGAGACACAAGAAGUAAUAGCAGCAACUCCUGCAGUUAGUCCUAAAGCUACCAGAAGAGGUGGAAGGGCAGCCACUGCAAAGAAAGCAACUCCUCAAAAAGCUGCAGCAGUAAAAACUUCAGGGAAAGAGAAAGUUGCCACACCAGCAGUUAGUCCAAAGACAACCAGAAGAGGUGGAAGAGGGAAGAAAGCAACUCAAAAAGCAGCACCAGUGAAAUCUGCCGUGGAAGAGAAAGUUGCCACACCAGCAGUUACUCCCAAGACUACCAGAAGAGGUGGAAGAAAAGCUGUUGCAAAGAAAGCAACUCCCCAGAAAGUAGCACAAGUGAAAACUGCAGUAGAAGAGAAAGCUACAACCCCAGUAGCAAGUCCCAAAAUGAGCAGAGCAACCAAGCGUAAAGCAGAGAAAGAAGCUACCCCAAAGAAGGAAGCACCAGUUGCAGUGAGUCCAGUGAAAAGAGCUACAAGAGGUAAAGCUGCUAAAGCAACACCCAAGAAAACUGCAACUCCUGCUGCUUCUCGUAAAAGAGCUACUAAGGGAAAAGCAUCAGAGGGCCCAAGUUCACCCAAACAGCAGAAAACAACUGAAGAGCCUGUUGUUGUCAGUCCUGUAAAAGCAAGGAGAGGGAGAGGAAAGGCUGUUGUUACAAAAGCAGCAACUCCAAAGAAGGCCAUCAAGAGCAAAGCUCCAUCUCCAGUUAAAGAUGCACCUGCAGAAGUAACACCAGAAAGCCCAGUCACAAAAACUACGCGAGGCAAGAAAGCUGCAGCCCCAAAACAAAGUAAAGUUGCUACACCAGUGAAAGAAGCCAGUCCUGUAAAAUCAAGAGCAACCAGAGGCAAGGCAGCAGGGAAGCCUGCCAAAGCAACACCUAAAAAAGCAACAAAAAGCAAAGCAGCUGCACCUGAGAAAUCAGUUCCCACUCCCAAGGUUUCCCCAAAGAAAACUAGAGGCAAAGCUGCAGCAAAAUCACCAACUCCAGCUAAAAGGACGACACGGUUACGAAGGAAGUGAAGUGUGAAUUCUGAUAUUUUUUGACUGCCAAUUCUUCGUGUAAAAAAUGUAUUUUAUGUAUUUAUUGUAAAAGUUUUAUAAAUGGCAAUCUCAUCAAAUGCCGGAGAUAUUUAUAUAAAUAUUUACUGGUGUAAGUAACAAAAUUUUUAAGAAUGGGCAAUUUUUUUUUUAAUUCAGGCAGCAGCCACAAUUGUGUUCAUUAGAGUAUUUUUUUUAAGCAUUGGAUGUACAUUCUUAUCCAGUUUGAACCUGAAUAAUUUGGAAACAAUCUUGAAGAUGAAAAUGUCCAUUUUACUUUUCAGUGGCAAAUAAGAUUGUAUAUUUAUUCUGUGUAUAUUGUGAGAGAGUAGUCAGUUUGCAUGAAAAUUCAGGUAAUUUUAGAAUUGUAUAGAUAUUUAUGUAUAGUCAUCUCAAAACUUUCUUUCUCUCUCUUUUUCAGUCACUUUUUCAUGUACCUGUAUUGUGUUCAAGAAACAUUACAUAUUUUUAUGCUGAUCAUUUUAUUAAUCCUUCAUUUUAUAAUCUGCUUGUUAUGGUAGUUUUGAUUUAUAGUGUUGUAACCAUAAUUUUAUCAUCUGAUAUUUUUAGUAGUGCAGAUCAUUUCAUCAUUGUGUAUGUUAUCUUUUGUCCUUGUGCAUUGAUAUUAGUAUUUAUGUAGCCAAAAAUAGUAGAAUACAGAGAAAAUACACCAGCAAAGCUGGGAAUAGAUUAAGUAUAUCAUUCAUUAGGAUGUUGUCUCGCAUCCAUUUUUUAUGGUGCCAACAAUGUACAACCAAGUUUGCAUUUAAUCAGUUUUGACUAAAGUUCAAUUAUAAGAUUUGACAAUGAUUUUUAUCAUCUCGUAUCUUCAAAUAUUACAAAUUUUACAUUAAAAAAAAAAGGGAUUAAUACCACUUGCAAUUCUCUGUAGAUGGGUUUCACCUUUUGGAUGAAAGAAUAAAAUAUGGAAAUAAU